AUGAAGUUCUCCGUUAGCUUCGUCUCCCUCUCUCUUGCCGUCAACGCGAUAGCGUCUCCCUUCAAGCGCGAUGCUGCCACCGUUGAAGCAGACAUCGCUACCAUCACCUCCCAGGUGUCUGCACUGAACGACGCGAUCACGCAGUUCGGGACCAGCAAGUCGCUCACGGAUGCGCUGGCCAUUCAUAGCGAUGCGGGGACUCUGGAGACGGCCAUCAAUCAGGCGACGAGUGACACGAACGCCAGCGAUGCAUUCACCGAGGAUGAAGGCGCCACCAUUCUUUCUGCCAUUCAGAACCUGGAGCCUAAUAUCAUUGCCGCUCUCCAAAACCUCGACAGUCAGCACGAUAAUUUUGCCUCGCAGCCGAUCGCAGGUCUCGACGCAGUCGUCGAGUCUGACCUGAAUACCCUGAACACCGACACGACCGCCUUCGAGAACGCUCUACUUUCCAAGGCUCCGGCCGACAUUCAAUCUCAGGCGCAAGCCUCCGUUGCCGAUAUUAAUUCCGCUUUCCAGGCUGCAAUUGCUACUUAUGCGUCGUAA